AUGAUUGAACGGGAAUCCGGGUCGAUUGUCAGCAUCAGCAGCGAUGCCGGGCGGAUGGGCGAGUAUCGCGAGGCCGUCUACUCCGCUUGCAAGGCUGGAGUGAUCGCGCUGAGCAAGGCAGUCGCCCGCGAAACCGGACGCUACGGACUGCGCUUGAACAUGGUCUGCCCCGGGUUGGUGGUGCCACCCCAAGCUGAGGUAACCAGCUCCGAAAGUAUGUGGAGCCAGGGUAUGCAGGAUAUCUUCACCGAGGAUGUCCUGGAGCGCGUGCGGCGCGCCUACCCGUUGCGGCGCAUGGGCACUGCACAGGAGGUGGCCAACGCCGUGGUCUUCCUGGCAUCGGACGCGGCCAGUUUCAUCACCGGACAGACCUUGAGUGUGUCCGGCGGCUAUACGAUGAUGUAA